AUGCACAAGUUGUCCAAAUUUCUCAAACAGCAGAUGCACCCGCAACCACAACUUCAGGCGGCACAGCCCCAGACAUCUGCUCCUUCCUUAUCCCAGGACAUGGCCUUUCCAACAGAACUGGACUUCUACAGGUACCGCAAACAACGCGGUAUCAAUCUCGGUUCUUGGUUCGUACUAGAGCGCUGGAUCGCCGAUAGUCCCUUUCGCUUGGCUGCUGCACCUGGUCAAAGCGAUCUCGACGUAGCGCGAGGCGCAAAUGCGCAAGCCGUGCUUGAACAGCACUGGGAUACCUGGAUCACCGAGGACGACUGGGCAUGGAUCGCACAAAGAGGCAUCAACACCGUUCGCCUUCCCAUUGGCUACUAUCAUAUUUGCGGCGCGGACCCAUCGGUACUUCCAGGAACAGACUUUGCAGAAUACGCGCAUGUUUUCGCAGGCGCAUGGGAUAGAAUUACAAAGGCGAUCGCUACGGCCCAUCGAUACGGCUUAGGCGUGCUCAUUGCCCCUGGCAAACAAAAUGCCGACCCGCACUCGGGCACGUCCUCCAGCCCGACCUUCUUCACAAACCCCUACAACAUGUCACACACGAUCCAUGUCCUGUCCGCAUUGCUUUGGCACCUAACAGCGUUCGCCCGCUCACACAACCCCCCGCUACCCAACCUUGUUGGAAUUGAGCUCCUUAACGAACCACACCACCACGAAACCCUGCAGACGUGGUAUCUUGACGCUUUCCGUGCACUCCGUGCUGUCGAUCCGACAAUUCCUCUGUACAUCGGUGAUGUCUGGAUGACAGACCAAUACGCUGAUUUCUUGAGCGGUGCUGCUAGGGAGUUCGCCGUCAUAGACCACCAUCUCUAUCGCUGCUUCACACAGCAGGACAUCUCCACAUCGGUCAUUGAGCACACUCGAGUGCUGAGUGACCCCAACGAGUGGACGCCGCAGAUGUUCGCACGAGUGGCGCAAAAGCUAGAAGGCUCCGGCUGCGCAAUCAUUGUCGGUGAGUGGUCAGGCGGGCUCAACCCUGGUUCAUUGCAAGGCAUUGGGAACGAGGAUCAAGCAAGACGGCAAUAUAUAGAAGCACAAUUGCGUCUCUUUGACCGUUGGUGUGCGGGCUGGUUUUUCUGGACGUACAAGAAGGAACAGAAGGGCGACAAGGGGUGGUCCUUCAGGGAUGCUGUUGAGGCUGGAGUGUUCCCGGGUCGAGUCGGAUUGUCGCCGAGACGACCGUUCACGGAUGACCCCGAGAGGACUAUCAGGCGAGACCAAGCACGGAACGCAGCCCUUGGUAUGAUUCCCAAACCCCUCGAGCCGCGGAGGCUGACGGAAUGAAAUUACUUGUUAACCUAGGUGGUCAUACUUCUUACUGGUCGCAACAUCCUGGCCAUUAUGAACACUGGCGCUUCGGCGACGGCUUCGUGCUAGGAUGGGACGAUGCUUGGGACUUUUUUUGCGAACGUCCCUCAACACUAUCUGCUCCAGUAUCAGAAUUAGGGUUCAAGGGUCCAUGGGCGAAACGAAGGGCACUCGACCACGCCCGGGACAAAGGCAGUGAUAAUCGAUGGGAAUUCGGUGGGUAUCGUACACUGGUUUGCAGGGUUGAGGCGAUUG